ACAAAGUGGCCGCCGCACUUGGGAUUGUCAAAAUUGACAAAAAAAAAAGCCAUCGAGAAAUUAAUUCGAGAAAAAGGCUCACUCACAUCGAGUCGAAUUGUAUUAAUAUAUAAAUAAAUUCACUUAUUUAGAAAUAAAGUUGCCUAAACAUACUAAAUUUAUAACUUUUUCCAUAGGUAUUACAAACUCACUAAAUGCACCAACCAGAAAGAACAAGAAGCAAAGAAAUAAAGGGGAGCAAGAAGUGUCACUCCCGUUAGCUGUCUGUACUCUAUACUGUUGUGGCAGAGUAAAUUAAUAUAUGUGUGGUCUGUAGGUUUUUGUGCAACUUAGAAGUUUUUAACAUUUUAUAUGUGAAUUUUAUUCAUUCUUUUGAUUAAACAAACAAUAUAGAAUAUAGACUAUUUGUGCGUCUCAUAAAACAACAGGAACGAUCGAAAGGAAAGGGGUUCAGCAUAAUAAAAGUGUCGCAAUGCCGGAUGCAGUAGCCGCCUGCCGCGUCUGUCUGGCGGCAGAAGUGCGGCUGAUGACCAUCGCCGGCUCGCUGCAGCUGGUGUACGAGAGGAUCACCAACAAUGCUCUGCAUACGGCUGACGGGCGGCCCGUGGCAGCUUGUUACAUCUGCUACGCUCAGCUCGACAAGUGCCGCAAGUUGAUCGUUACCUCGGAGCAGGCAGAAAAUGUGCUCAAUGCCAUAUUUCACAGACAAUCUGAGAUAACUGAAAACUCAAUAUCUCUAGUUGACCGCAAGGCUUAUGGCCUGUGUGGGUCGCUGAGCUACCACGGGCCCGUGCACACCACAGUGUGCAGCAGCAAGGUGCCGGCCCCCAUCGUCAUUAAAACUGAGCCGGAGAGCGAUGGCACCAAAACUGUUGGGAAGAAGGAACCAAAAGGUCCUCCGCAGCACGCAGACUCGGAUGACGUCCGCAACUCGGAGUGUGACUCGGAUGAAGACUACCCCCUCAGUCUGUCACAGCUGUGUGACACUGAGAUGGCCAGCACUGAGCGGAGAGGACGAGGGGCAGCAGAGGUCACUUCUGCGCAGCCGUCGGCGGCAGCCAGACGGAGGCAGGCCGGCCCGCACCAGUGCAACGUGUGCCAGCGCCGCUUCCGGCGCGCCGCGCACAUGAUGGCGCACUUCGCCACGCACUCCGGGGAGAAGCCCUUCCGGUGCACCGUGUGCGACCAACGGUUCAACCGGAAGUCUAUUCUGCUGCGACACUUCAGAGUCCACACCGGCGAGAAGCCGUUCCAGUGUGUGGUGUGUCACAAGGCGUUCGUCACUAACAGUGACCUGGUGCGGCACUCGCGAACUCACACCGGCGAGAAACCGUUCAAAUGCAAAAUAUGCCAAAAGGCGUUCAACAGCAAAAGCAAUUUGUUGAAACACAUCCGCACGCACACCGGCGAAAAGACGUUCCAGUGUGAAGUGUGUCAGAGGGAAUUUAUUCGCGAAAGUAAUUUAUUAAGUCACAUAAAAACUCACGCAACAGGCGCGAAGCCGCUCCAGUGUGACGUGUGCCAAAAACAAUUCCUUGCUAAAAGUCAACUGCUGCGACACUCGAGGACUCACACUGGGGAGAAGCCGUACCAGUGCGAGGUGUGUCAGAAAGAGUUCAUCACCAGAAGUGAUUUGUUACGACACUCCAGAACUCACACGGGUGAGAAACCAUACCAGUGCAAACUAUGUCAAAGGGCGUUUAUCAGUAAAGGUAAUCUAUUGAACCACAUCCGAACUCACACUGGCGAGAAACCAUUUUUAUGUAAUCUCUGCGAUCAUCGUUUUUAUCACAAGUCUCAUUUGUUAAGUCACAUUAGAACUCACACCGGGGAGAAACCAUUCGAAUGUGUCGUGUGCAAACUGCGUUUCAAUCAGAAGUCUCAUUUGAAGAGUCACAUGCGAACUCACACCGGCGAGAAGCCGUUCCAGUGCAAAGUGUGUCAGAUGUCGUUCGUGAGCAAGAGCAACCUGCUGAGCCACACCCGCACGCACACGGGCGAGAAGCCAUACCAGUGCGACGUGUGCCAGCACCGCUUCAGCCACAACCACACGCUGCUCAAGCAUGUGCGCAUACACACUGGGGAGAAGCCAUUCCAGUGCAGUGUGUGUGGACACAGCUUCAACCAGAAGGCCACCUUGAUAAGUCACAUGAGGAUCCACACGGGGGAGAAGCCGUUCGAGUGCAAAGUGUGCCAGCACCGGUUCACGCAUCGCCGGUCGUUGUCGCGCCACUCCAGAACUCACACUAACGAUAAACCUUUCCCGUGAGAGGGUCUCGCACUUUAUGUUUCACAAACAGCAGUGUUUAAGUAAUUGCUAGUCCCUUAAGAAUAUUUUAUUUACACUCUUAUUUAUUUGGUUCACUAUAUAUGGCUGAACAACAUACAUUUUACCACACUUUAUAGAACAAGUUGCAAGUUUUCUUGGAGAGGACUGUCGUUUUAAACUACAAAUGUGGUACAUUACGUCAAAUGCAAAAAUAAAUUAAUAUAUUAUAGUUAUUUAUCAAUUAA